GUUUCCCGUGAUUCCUUCUCUUCAGCUACCGCCAUACUGGUGAGUGGAUUGCAAUCUGAAAAUGGCGUCGCACAAGACUUUUAGAAUUAAACGUUUCCUCGCCAAGAAGCAGAAACAGAACAGGCCGAUCCCUCAGUGGAUCAGGAUGAAAACUGGCAACAAGAUCAGGUACAACUCCAAGAGGAGACACUGGAGAAGGACCAAGCUGGGUUUGUAAACACCACUUACGUCAGCAUCCCCCUCCGUCUGUACCCUGCCAGGACCACCAACUCAUCCAGACCUGGAGAGAAGCCAUGUUAUCUGGAACAGUAGUCUCUCUUUUGUACAGAUAUUCUGGUUAUGUCCUUGCAAUGCAAUAAAAGAUUUGUCAUCGAAAUCAGCA